AUGCUUCCCGACCCAGUUCAAGUACGGAUUCCACACAAUUACACCAACCUACCGGUCAAGGACAUCAGAGUGUCACAUUAUCCUGAGAAUGCCAGUGAAGCUACACCGAUAAUAGUCAUCACGCUCAACCGCCCUAAACAAGGCAAUGCAUUCACUCUUCAAAUGGUGCAGGACUUCGAGCUCGUCUACCCAAUGCUAGAUCUCGAUGAACGAGUCAAAACCGUUGUGAUUACCGGGGCAGGCAAGAUGUUCUGCGCUGGUGCCGACCUCGAUAUCGGAUUUCCAAGCGACGGGGCUGAAGAAAGGUUGACCGACAAGCGUGAUCCAGGCGGCCGCUUGAAUUUGUGCAUAUACCGCUGUCGCAAGCCAACAAUUAUGGCCAUGAACGGUCCCGCUGUGGGUCUCGGAAUGACAAUGGGUCUGUCUGCGGCGAUAAGGAUCGCUCACGCUUCAUCAAAAUACGGCUUUGUCUUUGCCAGGCGAGGCAUUACCAUGGAAUCGAACAGCUCGUUCUUCUUGCCCAGGCUCAUUGGAUACUCCAACGCCGUUUACCUCUUGACCACAGGUGACGUCUACCGAGGAGACUCGAAGCAUUUCGGGAGCUUAUUCCAAGAGGUCGUUGAGAAACAAGAAGACGUGCUGAAGAGAGCUUUGCAACUGGCAGCGAACAUAGCCGACAAGACAAGCAUCAUGGCCAGUUUUCUGAAUCGUGAAUUGAUGUGGAGAGGCAAACCCACGGCAGAGGAGACCCAUCUUCUUGAUAGUGCCGUGCUUUAUCAUAUGUUCGCGAACAGAGACUGUCAAGAAGGUGUGCAGAGCUUCCUUGAGAAGCGUGAGCCAAGAUUCUCAGCCACCCUGGAGAAGGACGGACCUCCGUUCUACCCGUGGUAUAGCGAGGUCGAUACUGGCUCAAGGCCGCGCAUUCAUCCUUCGAGCAAGCCCAAAUUGUGA